AUGCUUUUUCGCGACACUGAGUCGCUCGGGGCGAAAAGCAAAGUGACCGACAGCAGCGACGUCGUCGUCCUCCCUCUGCGUUUUUAUAUUGUGGUCGCAGAACUCAAAGAGGUGAAAAGUGGCAGCAGGGUAGACGGGGCGGCCGGGGCCGAGAGAAGGGCCGGUUUUAACCAAUGCGACUUGUCCUGGGCGCCGAGCCAGACCAAUCGGAGCGGACCCCUUGCCCGCUUGCGAUUCAACCACGUCUUCCCAGCCCCAAGUUGA